AAACAUUAGGCUUUUGUAUGAUUUUUUUUCGAAAUAAUUUUAUAUUGUAAAAUGAGGAUAAGGAAAUAUAGAGAAGAAAAGGGUUAUAAAAGAAAAAAAACUUUAGAUGUGAAACUUUCUCAAAAAAUUCUAAAAAUUGCUCAGAAGCAACAGGAAGAGUUUGAUGAUAAAUAUUCUCAAAACGUCAAAGAUUCUCCACUAAUAGAGCUGGAGGAUCUUGAAUUUUUAUCUGAAUCUUCUGUUGAUUCUGAUUAUAACCAAAAAUAUUCGGAUUUAGAAGAUACUGACUUUGAAGAAAUUGAAAUUGAUAAAUCUGACCAAGAUUUGUUUGAUAAAUUUUUAGAUCUUGAACCUGCUUUUAAAAAAACUAUGGCAAACCAAAUACUUGGUAAAAUAGAGGAAUGUGAUUCAUCUAUAGGAUUAAAUAAUAAAACAAGUUGUUCUAUUUUUUCUUCUUUGCCUCAGAAAGUUGUUGAUGUUUAUACUAAAGUGGGUUUGCUUUUAUCAAGGUAUAAAUCUGGGAAACUUCCAAAAGCAUUUAAAAUAAUACCUUCUUUACGAAACUGGGAAGAUAUUUUGUUUUUGACAUCUCCUAAUACAUGGUCUCCUAAUGCAUGUUAUGAAGCAACUCGUCUUUUCGUGAGUAAUUUGAAAUCUUAUCAGUUUCAAAGAUUUAUAUCUGUUAUACUUUUUAACAAAGUUCGUCAAGAUAUUUUAGAGCAUAAAAAACUUAAUUAUCAUCUUUAUAUGUCUUUAAAAAAAAGUAUUUAUAAGCCUGCCGCAUUUUUUAAGGGUUUUUUGUUUCCUAUUUGUGAAACUAAUUGUACACUUAAGGAGGCUACAAUUAUAGGUUCUAUUUUAUCGAAAGUUUCUAUUCCUGUUUUGCAUUCUGCUGCUGCUCUUUUACGAUUAUCAGAAAUGGAUUUUUGUGGUUCGACGUCAUUGUUUAUUAAAAUAUUGUUAGAUAAAAAGUAUGCCCUUCCUUAUAAGGUUGUAGAUGCAUUGGUUUUUCAUUUUAUGCGAUGGAAAUCUUUGCAACGGCCUUUAGUUGUUAUUGAACACCAGUCUCUAUUGGCUUUUGUUCAAAGAUAUAAAAAUGAUCUCACACAAGAUCAAAAGGAUAUUUUAUUAGAUGUAAUAAAAGCUAAAGGGCAUGAAAAAAUAGGGCCAGAGAUAAGAAGAGAGCUAAUUAACAGUAUCAAUAGGGGUGAUAUAUCAACCGAAUUUAUGGAAAUAUAA